CCCGGCUCCUCCCCCCCCGCCCUCGGCAUCGGGAUGGACUCGUGCGUCAUUCCCCUGCGGCACGGGGGCCUCUCUCUGGUGCAGACCACGGAUUUCUUCUACCCUCUCGUGGAGGAUCCUUACAUGAUGGGUCGCAUUGCUUGUGCCAACGUGUUGAGCGAUCUCUACGCCAUGGGCAUCACAGAGUGCGACAACAUGCUGAUGCUGCUCAGUGUCAGCCAGAAGAUGACUGAUGAGGAACGUGAGAAGAUCAUGCCACUGAUCAUCAAAGGUUUCCGGGAUGCUGCUGAGGAUGGCGGCACAUCGGUGACAGGUGGUCAGACUGUGAUGAACCCCUGGAUCAUUGUUGGGGGUGUUGCCACUGUGGUCUGCCAGCCCAAUGAGUUCAUCAUGCCAGACAAUGCAGUUCCUGGCGAUGUGCUGGUUCUCACGAAGCCCCUGGGCACACAGGUGGCUGUCACCGCUCACCAGUGGCUGGAUAAUCCUGAGCGGUGGAACAAGAUCAAGCUGGUGGUCUCCAAGGAGGACGUGGAGCUAGCCUACCAGGAAGCCAUGUUCAGCAUGGCCAUGCUGAACCNAGCAGCCAGCCUGAUGCACACUUUCAACGCUCACGCAGCCACGGACAUCACGGGCUUCGGGAUCCUGGGCCAUGCGCAGAACCUAGCCAGGCAGCAGCGCCACGAAGUUUCUUUUGUCAUCCACAAUCUGCCCAUCAUCGCCAAGAUGGCUGCAGUCAGCAAGGCCUGCGGGAACCGCUCCGGGCUGCUUCAGGGCACAUCUCCGGAGACCUCAGGGGGGCUUCUGAUCUGCCUACCCCGGGAGCAGGCCGCACGCUUCUGUGCUGAGAUCAAGUCCCCCAAGCAUGGUGAGGGCCACCAGGCCUGGAUCAUCGGGAUCGUGGAAAAGGGCAACCAGACUGCACGCAUCAUUGACAAGCCCCGCAUCAUCGAGGUGAUGCCUCGGGGGGCUGCAGCCACUGCCUCACCCACCGACAACACAGCUGGGGCCAGCCCUGAGGGUGCUGCCUCCUGAGAACGUCGAGCCCCCUUCCUCUGGGCCCUGUAGCUGCUGGGGUUAGCUGGGCACCUCAGCUUUGGGAACGGGAGCUGGCUGCUUUAUCUCCUACAGGGGCCUGCCAAGCUCAGCGCAGCUCAAGGAGGGUGGUAACUUGAUCCCUUUCCCCAGGCCAAGGCCACUGGCCCCAGGAUGCUGCCUCCCUCCCCACAUGCUGAUUCCAGGGCACGUGGCUGAUUAAUUCCAGCACGUGACAGGUUAAUUAUUGAGGGCAAAUGCAGGCAGAGCUGGUGUCACUGCUACUGCCUCUCAACUACAGGUGAUUGAUAUCUGUCUGGAAUUAUUUAUUGCAAUAUAUCUGCUUUCCUUGGGGGGCCCUCCCUGCCUCUGCCAGACUGAGCAGCUGGUAGGAAUGUUGGGAGGGCUUUGGUUUAAGCCACUGUGGCUGGGCCCAAGCCUCCCCCCUCUGCAUGAAGUUCCUCCCCUUAAACCCAUCCUGGGGCCAGGAGGAGCUGAAGACCCUGGAGGGGGAGGGGAGGGGCAGUUGCAUCCAGCCAGGUGGGUUAUUUCUGGAGUUGUAAAUUCUUGGUGAUUUGUUCAAUAAAUAUCAGUUUCUA